ACGAAGCCUGGCCUCCGGGUCCUUUUCCCAUCAUCCCCAGCCAGAUUUAGCUGCUGACAGCUGCUUGGGACUCCGCCGCCAGGGCCUGGCCCAGACCUGCCGCUGCUCCUCUCUGUCAGUGACUCCUAAGCCAUAGCUCCUCCAUGGCUCAGAAGGAAGAGACCACUGAGGCCGCUGCGGCCACUGAGGCUGCUUCCCAGAAUGGGGAGGAUCUGGACAAUCUGGACGACCCGGAGAAGCUGAAGGAGCUGAUUGAGCUGCCGCCCUUUGAGAUCGUCACCGGAGAGCGGUUGCCAGCCAACUUCUUUAAGUUUCAGUUCCGGAAUGUGGAGUACAGUUCUGGGAGGAAUAAGACCUUCCUCUGCUAUGUGGUUGAGGCGCAGAGCAAGGGAGGCCAAGUGCAGGCAUCUCGGGGAUACCUAGAGGAUGAGCAUGCAGCCGCUCAUGCGGAGGAAGCCUUCUUCAACACCAUCCUGCCGGCCUUUGAUCCAGCCCUGCGGUACAAUGUCACCUGGUACGUGUCCUCCAGUCCCUGUGCAACUUGCGCUGACCGCAUUACGAAAACCCUUAGCAAGACCAAGAACCUGCGCCUGCUCAUUCUGGUGGGGCGACUCUUCAUGUGGGAGGAGCCAGAGAUCCAGGCUGCCCUGAGGAAGUUGAAGGAGGCCGGCUGUAAACUGCGCAUCAUGAAGCCCCAGGACUUCGAGUAUAUCUGGCAGAAUUUUGUGGAACAAGAAGAAGGUGAAUCCAAGGCCUUUGAGCCUUGGGAGGACAUUCAGGAGAACUUCCUAUACUAUGAGGAGAAGCUGGCGGAUAUCCUGAAGUAGGCGACUGAUAUCGGCCUCACGUCUGCCUGCUGCCACCAAGAGACAGCAGUGACAUGUAUAGUCACCUGGGACAUGCCUGUCUUCCUAAUACCACUUGGAACUGGACAACAUUUUACACCAAUCAAUCCUACAGGACAAGGCCCUUAGAGGACUCAAAAUAUACUCCUCAUGCUAUAAUUCAUUUAGGCUGUGCCUCUCUCUCUAAUGCUGCUCUUGGGAAAGAGGAAAGUAACCUGCAAGGAGAGAAAUACAACUAUAUAUGGGCACCAGGCAACUGUGGGACCGAAAAGUCCUAAUUACUCCCCAAAAGGGGCUGCUUAAGGCAAAGAGCCUCAGACCCAAGGUACAGAUCUUUGAAAUAUGCAUUUUGUGUUAAGUUGGGUUUUUUUUUUUAAAAAGAAAGAAAAACAGCGACAUUAAUAAAAGUAGUGGUGUGUUUUU